CACCGCCAAUAAAGAUUUUUGGAGCCGUUUUGUUCUUUUGGAUUCUUCGUCGUCAACGAGACACUCUCACACUUCUUGCACUUCUCCCUUUAGAUCAAAUCCACGUUAUCUAGCGCUGUUAUUAAAUCUGCGUUUCAGUUUCUUCUCCAUUCGAAUUUUCGAUUUGCAAAAUCGCUGUUUUAUGCUGCAGUUGUUAUAGCACCUUUUGAUUGGAGAAAACAAUGAAAAAGCUCUUCUUUUUCAGAUCUUCUGGUAAUGGAAAUGAUAAACAAGUUAACUGCGAAAAAGAAGCGGAUAGUAAGAUGAGAACCCAAGCUAGUAGUCAGGCUGAACAAGAGUUCGAUAGUCCUAAGUCACAUGGUCAAGUUUCUGGUGGUCUAGCUCUUAGACGAAGCCUUUCAUGGUCCUCUGCAGGUUUCCUUUUUGACAAGUUUGGAGAAACUUCCAAGAAUGAACUAACAACUAGUGCUACUAAAAGCAAGGAUAGGCGGCGCAAUCAUUCAUCUCGAUGCUUUACUCCAGAAAGACAAGUUAGAGAAAGGCAGUGUAAAGCAGACAAGUUUCAGCAUGAUUCGUCUGGGAGUUCAUCAUCUUGUUCGAGUAAUGUCUCUAGUAAAGUUCUGGACCGUUAUAUUGAUGGAGAAGAGCAUUUGGAACCGUGCAAGCAAAAGAGUAAUUCUUCACACAGUGGUGUUUCUGAGAGUAUAAAUCGAAGGAGGCUUCCACCCCGAGUUCAAUGGACAGUCCCUACAUCACCAUCAGACACUUUCGAUGAGAAACGAAAGUCCCAGUCAUUUAGAGAAGCUAAAGGCACCCAUUUACGUUACUCUUCUGCUGAUUGUGUGGAUAAUGGGUUGCGGCAUGGAUCGCCUCGUUCGGUUGCUAGAAAUGUCAUUGAAAGACUCUCUCAGACUCAUGGCAAGUCAAAGGGUUCAAACCACGAACCAAUCACAAUUCAAGAUGUCUAUGGUGGAUCCCUUAACAGAACUUUUGACUCGAGCUCAGAUAUCGCCGCUAAUGUUUCACUAGCUGAACAUUAUGAACCUGUUAACGAGUAUUAUACGCAGGACUAUGGAGGGCACCAGCAAAAUUGUAUACGGAGUAGGAACGUGUACAAGUGUAUGGAAGACGAUCUUGACUCCGAGCUAGAAAUGAAAAUUAAAGAAGCUGAGAAGAGAGCUAAAUUGUUUUCUGCAGAAUUGGAGCAGCAGAGAUGCCUUUCAGACUGUGACUUCGAUGUUUCAUCUUUGGUUGGGGCAAUUAGAAAACUGGAAGAUGAGAGGCUCCACUUGGCAUUUGAGAAUGUAAAUCUCUUACGGUCCCAAAUAGUUGAGAGGGCUUCUGCUAGGGAAGAAAUCAGAUGGUUGAAGUCAGAUUGGGACUUGCAUAUACAGAGACUAGAAAAGGAGAAGAGCGAGCUGCAGGCUGGAUUGGAGAAAGAGCUUGAUAGAAGAUCAGGUGAGUGGACGUCAAAACUCGAAAAAUUCCAGCUUGAAGAGAAGAAGCUCCGAGAGCGUGUAAGAGAGCUUGCUGAGCAUAAUGUCUCACUCCAGAGAGAACUAUCUGCUUUCCACGAAAAUGAGACAGAGAACAAAGACAUGAUAACACAUUUGGAGAGAAGAGUUGCUGAGCUGACCACAACAGCAGAUAAAUUGCAUGAAGAGAACAAUUAUGUUAAACAAACUCUCUCCAAGUUACAAGAGAGUUACGCAGGUGCUACAGAAGAUCUUGAUUUCUUGAGAAGAAACUUUGAAGAGAAGGAUCAAGAAUGCAGGGAGUUGCACAAAUCUGUUACAAAGUUUUUCAGAACUUGCAAAGAACAAGGGAAGACAAUUGAGGGACUUCGAGAUGGUGUUUCUGAGGAGGUUAAGAAGCAACCGUCAGAGAAAUUAGACCAGUUGGUCAAGAAAUUGCAGGUCGAGCAGGUAAGGUUGACAGGGAUCGAGCUUUCACUUAGAAGGGAAGUAGAAUCAAUGAAGCUUGAAACUGACUCUCUUCGCCAUGAAAAUAUCUGUCUACUGAAUCGAUUGAAAGGGAAUGGUCAAGAAAUAGACAUUACAACCCUUAAGCUAGAGAAUGAGUUGAAGAUGCGUGUCUGCUACUUGCAAGAACAGGGACUGUCAAUGUUAAAUGAGAGCAGCCAGCUGUGUUACAAGUUACUGAAGUUCAUCAAAGGGAAAUUAACUCAGCUUCCUGAAACCUAUCAGGAUAAGAAUUCAGUGAAGGACGGAUUAAGUGAGCAGUUUAUGAUUGAGUCUGAAAUGAAAGUCCAUGGGAUAAGGCGCGGAACUGAAAACCUGAAGAGGAGUUUGCAAACGGUGACCAGUGUGGUAGCUUCGAAUUCAGAAUCGUCUUCCUCAAAUACUGGUAGGCCUAGGGAACAAAGAAACCAAUCAGUUGAAGAAAACUUGCGAGCAGAACUGAGUGCUGAGACCCUAAUCACAAGUUUAGUGCGGGAGAAACUGUAUUCCAAGGAAAAGGAAAUCGAACAGCUCCAAGCAGAACUAGCAGCAGCAGUACGAGGUAAUGAGAUUCUGAGAUGUGAGGUCCAAAGCAGUUUAGACAACCUAUCAGUUACAACCCACGAACUGAAAGACCUCAAGCAUCAGGUAUUGCAAAACAAGAAUAACACAUAUCCCAUGUCUGUUUUUGUAUAUAAAGAAACUAUUCCCAUUUAUAAAAUGUUAACUUUACGCUAAUCUUUUUUGACAUCAGAUGUUGAAGAAGGAGGAAAGCAUAAGACGGCUCGAAAGCAAUCUCCAGGAAGCGGCGAAAGAAAUGGCGAGGCUGAACGCACUAUUGUCAAAAGUGUCUAAUGAAAGAGGCCAGAUAUGGAGUGAGUAUAAACAAUACGGUGAGAAAAACAUGCUUUUGAACUCAGAGAACGAGACAUUGAAAGGAAUGGUAGAGAAAUUGGAGGAGAAGGUAUUAGAGAAAGAAGGAGAGAUCACAAUACUACAAGACACAAUCGGAAGCAAGCAUCUGAAUCUCCUCUCAAGUCCUGAUUUCUUGGUAUAAGGGUUUUUCUUUAUCAUUGUUUCUUAGACGAUGGGUCAUUCUUUGGGGCUUAUAGAUAUGAUUGUUUCUUCUUUUAUUUUUACUUUUCUUCUUUUGGAUUGCUUAUCUCAAAGCUGGAUUCUCUCUAGUUUCAGAUUUGUACUUAAAAAUGGGCUUAUAAACUUAGUGGUGAAGUUUAUGGUAAAGAAAGUUUGUCAUUUGACUC